GGUGUUCUCCGUGCCGCGGCCACCCGCCCAGAGAUCGGUGAGGGGCACCGCCGUGAGGCGGAGCAGCUCCUCCCCGCUGCCGGAGGUGGAGCCGGGCGGCGCCGUGGGGCAGCGCCGACAUUUCCCGAAGGGUCGAGGCUCCCCCACAGCAGCGAUCGCCUCAUCAGCAGCAGGAGCAGCAGCAGCAGAGGGACUCGCCUGGAGAUGACGGACGCCCUGCCGCCCCGCGGCUGCCAGGCGGCGGAGCCAGCGGAGGACAGCUACUUUCGGAAGGGAUGUAAUCCUCUUGCUGAGACUGGUCGAAGCAAACUACAAAACCAAAGAGCUGUCUUAAACCAACAGAUCUUGAGAGCAGUAAGAAUGAGAGCUGGUGCUGAAAAUCUUUUACGGGCUACCACCAACAACAAAGUACGAGAACAGGUACUACUGGAACUAAGUUUUGUAAACUCGGACCUGCAGAUCUUAAAGGAGGAAUUAGAAGGACUUAACAUCUCAGUAGAAGUUUAUCAAAAUACAGAAGAGACUUUCAGCAUUCCCUUGGUACCUCUUGGCCUGAAGGAAACCAAAGAAGUAGACUUUACACUCCCCCUCAAGGAUUUUAUUCUGGAACAUUAUAGUGAAGACAGUUCCGAGUAUGAAGAUGAAAUAGCAGAUCUCAUGGAUCUCAGACAAGCUUGCCGCACUCCUAGCCGAGAUGAAGCUGGCAUUGAGAUGUUGAUAAGCUAUUUCCUUCAACUUGGUUACGUAGAAAACAGAUUCUUCCCACCUACCAGGCACAUGGGAAUUUUAUUUACAUGGUAUGAUUCUUUCACAGGUGUUCCAGUGUGUCAGCAAAAUCUGUUGCUUGAAAAAGCUAGCAUUUUGUUCAAUAUUGGAGCCCUCUACACCCAGAUUGGAACAAGAUGCAAUCGUCAGACCCAGAACGGGCUUGAAAAUGCUGUUGAUGCUUUUCAGAGAGCUGCAGGAGUCCUAAACUACUUAAAGGAGACCUUUACUCACACACCAAGUUAUGACAUGAGCCCAGCGAUGCUGAACGUACUUGUAAAAAUGAUGCUUGCUCAAGCUCAAGAGUGUGCUUUUGAGCAGAUGAGCCUUCCUGGAAUACGCAAUGAGUUUUUCACACUAGUGAAGAUGACACAGGAAGCUGCCAAGGUGGGAGAGGUUUACAUGAUGGUUAACACUGCAAUGACUCAGGAACCAGUCAAAGAGAAUAUCCCUUAUUCUUGGUCUAAACUGGUACAAAUAAAAUCGGACCACUACAAAGCUCUGGCACAUUACUUCGUUGCCACCAUUUUGUGUGACCAUGAAUUGCAGUCCAGUGAUGAUGAAGAUCAGCAGGAAAAAGCCCUGUCCCAGUUGUAUGACCACAUGCCGGAAGGACUGAUGGCUCUCACUGUUCUAAAGGACAAAGUUCAGAGAAAACAAUUAGGGAAAGCACACUUACGCAAAGCUGUUGUUUACCAUGAAGAAGCUCUAAGAGUCUGUGGUUUGUGCAAAAAGCUUCGGAACAUUGAUGUUCUUCAGGAGGUUCUGACAGCUGCACAUAAACGCUCACUUCUCAAAUAUGCUCAGCAGGAGAAGGAAGAUGACUUUCUCAGUCUAAUCCAGACUCCAGAUAUCCUUCCUAAAACAGAGCAUAAAGUAGAAACAAUCACUCCUCAAUUUUCCAAGGUGAAAGUGAAAGACUUCUUUCACAGAUUGGGCCCACUGUCAGUGUUCUCAGCCAAGCAGAGAUGGACAGCUCCACGUACCAUUCGUUUCCACUGUGAAGCAGGAGAGCUGGGAUUCAGCCUUAAAGGAGGCUCACCUGUACAGAUUUAUUGUCUUGAUCCAGCUUGCUCUGCAGCAUCAAUGGGCCUAAAAGAAGGUGAUUACAUUGUUUCAGUUGGUGGUGUGGAUUGCAAAUGGCUUGGAGUAAAUGAGGUGCUGGAAAAAUUCAAAAGCGUGGGAGAGCAGCCCAUUGAGUUUGAGGUUAUCAGUUGCCAAGAUACAACAGCAUCUAUGCAUAGUAAGAGUGCAACAUAUUCCGUGGGAAUGCAGAAGACAUACUCCCUAAUCUGUUUAGCCAUGGAAGAAGAUAAGAUUGAUCAGACCAAGAAAGCCCCGCUGAAACUGCCUUUUCUAAGUUGGGGAACUAAAAAUAGACAGAAAGCUGCAAGCACCCUCUGCCUUCCUUCUGCUGUGGCUGGAAGUUCUCAAACUAAGAAAAAGCUUUCUCCUUUCGCACUUCUGAAUACAGAAAGUUCGUUGUACUGAAGUUUUCAGAAGGAUCUGUUAACAUGAAGGUUUUUCCUUUGAAAAUGUAUAUAAAAUAUGUUGAUCGAUGUUAUCAUUAUAUAUACACAUGUGUAAACUUAGACAAAUGCCCUUGACUUCACUUGCUGUGUAUUGAGCCACUAUGAAGAUCAGAGGCUAGCAAAAACUGUAAAACUUGAGUAAGAUUUGAAUGUUAGAACAAAAUGGUUUGGGAGGUGUAGAACAACACUUUGUAGAUGAGAGAAUUUCUUAUACGGAGACUGGAUUCCUUUGGAAUUUCAAAAUAACUAAUUUUUUGUAACUAUUAUAGACUUAUUUAUUACAAACAAUGCUGCAUGCAAAACAAUAGGGGGCACACUGAUGAUUUUGCUGUAAAAGUUUAGAGUUGAUAUAAAUUUCUUCACACUACUUUAUGGAAUUAUCUUAAACAGCAAAGGAGAGAGAAUAAUGUUAUUCAGGAAAAAAACCUAACCUUUGCCAAAAGGUAGUGUAACAGACUUGUGGUUUUUAUACAUAGACAAUCUCUUUGAGAGUACUAGGUGUAUUCUGUGGAAUAGUUAACUCGGGAAAAGAAUUAGAGGGCUUAGAAGUCAAAUGAUCUUUUAGACUACAAAAGAGUUUGACUCUGCUCUUUUCCUGAUUUAGCUUUCAUUUUAAGAGCUACUUUAUGGGAUUAUUGAAAAAAAGGCUUUAUUCCAAACUUGAAGUUAUUUAACCUAGUUACGUUAAGAUUGGUAUUUUAUUAGUCCUGAUAAAAUUGAUACCUGUGGAACAAAUCUUAAAAAUUACAUUCUCCAGUAUAUUGAUCAAGAGUAUGUAAAUUGUGGUGAUACCUUCAAAAUAAAAAAGUGCUUAUAAAAUCUUAAGAGGAAGAACUAACACUAGUGUUAGUUAAUGCUGCUGUCUACAGAGUAGAUAUGUACUGUUUGAUACUCAAAACUUAAAAUAAUGGGAAAGUUUGUGUCUGGGUAUAAGCUUCAAAGUUGUCAUUUUUAGUUUCUUACAUAAUAGGUGUAAAUAUGUUAAUGACUUAUUUAAAAAUAAAAAUCAAAUGCUGCAAUUUA